AUUACCAUAUAUAUACAUAUAAUUUCCGACUAAGAUUUGAUUGUCGAAAACCAAUCAUCCUCUUUAUUACCCACCACCCACCAUUGGAAGAGGUCUCCACCUUUAUGCAAUAGCGGCCGUCUAAAUCCACCCAUUUGAUCGAAGGACCAGCCCCGACCACCGAAUCCCAGCCCAGUCUCAGCAACGGUUUCUGGGUGGAAGUGGGUUUUCGAUUUCAUUAUCUGAUGAUGUGUUUACCUUGAAGUGGUGUAAGGAUAAAGGUCCAAACGUGAUGUUUGGAAGAAAAGAAAAUAUCUGCUGUUGUGUGAUGCUUGUAGAAUUAUGAAAAAGGUUUAAUAAUGACAAAAGUUGUGACCCUACAACAGAGAUACCCACUAUUUUAUUAUUACUAAAUAUAUUCAUAUAUAUAUACAUGUUUUUUUUCUUUGGGUUCUACAUCAACCUAAAUGUUCUCGACCUUCAUCAUUGCUAUUCUCUGAUUCCUUAGUUGAACUGAAAAUAUGGAAGCCGAGGAGGAAGUUUCUAUUUUAUGUGCAGAUGAUCCCCAACAGGAAAUUCAGAUGGCCAUAGUCUCUGAAAAGAUUAAUCUUCUUCCUAACCCAGCUCAGUUCUCUUGCACCUGUGUUUGUGCCUUCUCCAAACAAGAGCAUAAGAGUUUGGAUUCAGAAGAAAGAACAAAGUCAGCCACUAAACUUGGUGGACUCAUAUUGUUCUAUCUAUUAUUUAUGAUGGUAGAGAUUGUUGGAGGUUUGAAAGCCAAUAGCCUUGCAGUAAUUACAGAUGCAGGCCACUUGCUCACUGAUAUAGCUGGAUUCUCCAUUUCCCUUUUCUCAGUUUGGGCUUCAGGUUGGAAACCAACGCCACACCAGUCAUUUGGUUAUCAUCGUCUCGAAAUUCUUGGUGCUCUUCUCUCUGUGCAGCUCAUAUGGUUGAUCUCAGGCUUCUUAAUAUAUGAAGCCGUUAGCAGGAUUCUUCACAAAAUUGAAAGUGUCAAUGGAAUUCUCAUGUUCGCGGUAGCAGCAUUUGGAUUCGUAGUUAAUUUUAUUAUGGUCAUUUGGCUUGGUCACCACAAUCAUAGUCAUCACGCAUGUCCUCACUCUCACCAUGAUCAUGAUCAUGAGCACUCUCAUGAAAUGGAGGAAGUUUGUGCUAGUACAGCAGAGAAGACCAGAACAAUGAACAUCAAUAUUCAAGGUGCUUACUUGCAUGUCAUGGUGGAUAUGAUUCAGUCUGUUGGGGUGAUGAUUGCUGGUGCUAUAAUUUGGGCUAAACCAGAUUGGUUAGUGGUAGACUUGAUCUGCACCUUCAUUUUCUCUAUUAUUUCUCUAAGCACUACCAUAUCCAUGCUCAGAAAUAUAUAUGGCAUAUUGAUGGAAACAACACCAAGCGAAAUCAACAUCGCUAGACUAGAAUACGAUCUCAAGAACAUCAAAGGAGUUCAAGAUGUUCAUGACUUGCAUGUUUGGGCGCUGACAGUUGGGAAGAUGGUGCUUUCUUGCCAUGUUAUAGCCGAUCCUGCGGUCAACUCUAGUCUAUUGAUAUACACGAUAAGGGAUCACUGUGAAAAAGCAUACAGAAUACACCAUGUAACGAUACAAAUCGAGUAGUAAAUUGCAGACAAAUUUUUGUAUGAUAUUUUUCAAUAUCAUUCUUGAAUUUUUCUGUAAAGAAAAAUCAUUUUUGGGACAUGUGAGUUUGAUUUAUCCUAUUUAGUCAAGUUUUGAACUC